GGUCAGUCGAACGCUGUUUUACUUUUGUCGCGUAUUUUCCCCCCAUUCCUUUUGGCGCGAGCAUCUUUUUUUGGCGUUCGACCCCCUCGACAACACCAGCAACAAUUACAACUGCAGCAACAACUUCACCAGAUUAUAACGACAAAAAACGUUUUACGUGUGUCGCAAGCGACGCUUUUCGGCAUUACAAACGUGUGGUUAAAUAAGUGGAAGUAAAUAUUAAUGAAAUAACGGAGCCGUAAUAGUAACUAAAAAUCUAGUUAGCAUUAAUUUGCAGGCCUUUUAGCCAGUUUUAUAUAAGUGAUAAUUUUGUUGGCUGAACAAAAAUGAAUAAAGAGUGCUUAAAGUUCAAUAUAUUCCCUAUGCAUGCGCCACAAAAGUGUUAAUCAAAUUUUUACUGGCAACAAGUGAUACAAUAACAAAGGCAACGGCCAUUAAACAACGGGCGCUAUCAAAAGUUGAAGGUGCCAACAAAUCGACAACGACAAUAUAGACGACAACAACAACAACAACCACAGCAGCUGUACUCGUUUGGCAGGCGAAUCGAAUGCCAACAAAAAUAAUUUAGUUUUCUUAAGAAACCCAAACACCAUCUUAAAUCCUUGCCCAAAGGAGCCUGGAAGCGAUUAAAAGACUUGCACGAUCGCCAGAAGAGGCGGCGUCACUUACUAAUAGAGAACUAUACCCAGGAUUCACAUAUCGACAACGAAGCUGGCACUUUAUUGAUACCCAUUGUACUGAAGGAGACCCCACCAAUUAGAGCCACUGGAACAAUACCCAAGAAACCCAAAGACGCUGAUUGUGAUUCUAGUUGCCCCGUGUCUCGCUUCCGGCAGUUACAAUUCCAACGCGACCUUCGCAUUCAUCCUUUCACAGACACCAAUGUGGAACGCGGCAGAAAACAAAAGGACAUAGAAGUAGAGGAAGAUUUAGCCAAAAUGCCUAGUGAUAAAGAGAGUCCAGAAACCAAACCACUGAACAAUAACAACACAAACGGAAACGGUGGCAGUGCACCGAGCAAGCCAAAGAUCCAGCCAAAAUACAGCAUCCACCGGGAUGUGCUGACCCACGAGGUGGUGAUCAAGCAGACGGGAUAUGCGGCCCGGGACAAGAGCAUACCGUCCUCGCUGCGCAACUGCUGGCACAGCUGGAACUUCUUCGCACUCUUCACCGGCGUGAUUCCCAUCCUGCAAUGGCUACCUCAGUAUUCGCCCAGGAGAGACCUUCCUGGAGACAUUAUCGCCGGCUUCACCGUGGCCAUUAUGAACAUACCGCAUGGCAUGGCGUAUGGAAUUCUGGCGGGAGUUUCGGCCGGAAACGGUCUCUAUAUGGCCGUCUUUCCAGUACUGGCCUACAUGUUUUUGGGAACCUCCAAGCACAUCUCGAUUGGCACCUUUGCGGUGGCCAGCAUGAUGACGGCCAAGGUGGUGGAUACGUUCGCCAAUGUGGAUGAUCACCAUCAUAUGUUGGCAACUGGAUUGCUGUCGAAUGGGACAACUACUGCAUCACCUCUCCUGGCUUUGAAUUCUUCAGCACUUGUGGACUUAACUACCUCAACCAGCACAUCCCCUCUUUCGGUUUUGGCUGAAACUACCACUGCAUCCACUCUUCAGCUAUUGAAUUCCACCCUGAUUGCGGAUCCCAUCACAAAACUGGAGGUGGCCACCUCGCUGGCCCUCACCGUUGGCAUUGUGAACCUCCUAAUGGCCUUUUUAAGACUGGGAACCCUGUCGUCCCUGCUGAGUGAGCCCCUGGUCAAUGGAUUUACCACAGCUGCAGCUUGUCACGUGGUCACCGCCCAGCUGAAAGAUGUCCUGGGCAUCUCAGUGCCCCGUCACAAGGGCGCUUUCAAGAUCAUAUACAGUGUUAUUGAUGUGGUUAAGGGCGUGCCGGAAACGAAUUUGGUGAACUUUGGCUUUUGCAUGGCGGUGAUCGUAUUCAUGACGAUCUGCAAUGAGAUCUUGAAGCCGCGCCUGAGCAAAAAGUGCCGCUUCCCCCUGCCCGCCGAGCUGAUCAUGGUGAUUGGCGGCACACUGAUCUCCAAGUGGUUCAAUCUCCAGAUCGACUACAAAGUGAAUCCGGUGGGUACGAUACCCAGUGGACUGCCGGAUCCCGUUCUGCCGCGACUGGAUCUUGUGCCAAAGGUGGCCGUGGAUUCCAUAGCCAUUGCCAUAGUGACCUACUCCAUAAUCAUGUCCAUGGGCCUGACUUUCGCCAAGAAGCAUGGCUAUGAGGUCAGGCCGAAUCAGGAGCUAUUCGCCAUGGGCAUUGGCAACAUGGUGGGCGGCUGCUUCUCCUGCAUUCCCAUGGCCUGCUCCUUGUCGAGAUCUGUAAUCCAGGAUCAGACAGGUGGUGUUUCGCAGAUAGCUUCACUGGUCUCCGCUGCGCUGGUGGUGGUUACUCUUAUGUGGAUAGGUCCCUUUUUCGGCAGUUUGCCCAGGUGCGUUCUGGCUGGCGUCAUUAUAGUGGCCCUGAAGCCUAUGUUUAUGCAGGCCAAGGAACUGAAAAAGUUCUCCAAACAGGGCAAGCUUGAGAUGUUCACCUGGAUAUCCACCUUCCUCUGCGUGGUGAUCAUCGAUAUUGAUAUAGGCCUACUGAUUGGCAUCUGCAUCUCCCUGUUGGCCCUGUACAUCAAGGGCCUGAAGCCCUACUCCUGCCUUCUGGGCUACAUGCCAGAGGCUCCGGGAAUCUAUAUGGAUGUCAACCAGCACCGGAAUGCGAUGCAGGUGCCCGAGACCCGCAUUUUCCGCUACAGUGGCUCUUUGAACUUCGCCACCAGUUUGUUCUUCCGGCGGGCUCUGUACGAGGCCGUGGGUCUGGACAAGAUGCCACUGACGAAGGUCACCAGCAGCAGCAGCAGCAGUAGCAAUAGUCCCAGCAAGGGCAGCAAGUCGAGCUAUUCCCCGGUUUCGCAGAACGGAGGAAAGGCAGUCAAUGGCCAGUUGGAGCAGUCGGCCGGUGCGUUCAAGGUGCUCAUCCUGGACUUCUCGAUGCUGGGGCACAUAGAUGUGGCCGGAUGUCGCACCCUCACGGAUGUGAGCAAGGAGCUGAAGGUGCGGGGAGCCCGCCUGCUGCUGGCCAGCCCCGUUGAUAGGGUGUACGACACCCUGGUGCACAGCAUGGCCCUCAGCGAAGGACCCUUCGAGAUCUUCCCCACGCUGCACGAUUGUGUGGAGUAUGCCAAUGCCUGUCGGACGGCGUGAGAGCGCGAUCCUCCUGCUCCAGAUGCGGAGGCAAACCACGUUUUGUGAUAUGUCCAAGUGAUAGCUUGCGAAUCGUAGCACCAAAACCCCCUUCCUAGUUGCUAAGACCUAUUUUAAACUGAUUAGAAACAAUGUCGCCGUCUACAAUCAAGCAGAAUAGGCUAAGUUCGUUUAAGUGCCUCCAAAAUAUUGAUUUUUGUACUUAAAUCACACACAGCCCACCAGUCAAGGCAACCGAAGAACUUCGAGCGAUCAACGGAGCGCAUUGAUUUAGUGCAAUUUGUACCAAAAUGAACAAUUCAAACACACACAAUUAGUUUUUAGGCUUAAAAUGUAUAAAAUUGUAUGUAUAAACUGUACAUAAACAUUAAACUGAA